AUGCCGAGCAAAAAGUUCAGUUCGCCUGAUCAACGAUUACCGAACUCUAUUUCCAUUGCAUCAUUCCUUUUAAAUGAUGGUACCAGCAAACCAGAAUUUCGUUCCUUUCAGUACUUCGGGCGAUCUUAUUUUUUCACUGUCCUUUGCAUGCUCUUCAUAACAUUUGCCGUUGGACGUAAACAAAUCCACACAUGCAUGCUUGCAUGCAAGUCGCGGGGGUCCCCGCUUCCCGCGAUCGCUGGUCUAUCCCGAUGGGGGGCUGCCCACGUGCAGUUAGCAGCUCCGUUGUCCAGAUCUUCUGGCAUCUCCGACGCUGACCCCUCCGCCCGGAUUAGCUCGGCCAUAUCAUCGCAUCCGCGUUUACUUCAACCCAAACAAAGACGUGCCAACAAGCGCUUUAAGCCAGUGAUACAGGCUCGUGGGGAAUUUAUGCAAAUCGUCAAGACUGUCCCACAUAAUGGUCGGGCUGGCUUCUCGAUCUGCACAUCUGACAUCUUUGCUGAACGAAGAUGGAAUGAACAAGAGAAAGUUGCGCUGAAGUCGGACCAGGCACAGGGUCCUGUGCUGUCUGUGGAAGAGCUGUUAGCAGAUGGGUGCAAUACAAUGUUGCCGAAUUACACGAGCCCUAGAUGA